AUGUCGGCUACAAUUGAUAAUCGAGUUUACGAUGAACUGGAAGCUCUAGAAGCCAUUUUGAUCGAAGAUUUUGCUGUUAAGCAUGAAGACGGUGUGCCUAGAAUCAUUGAAACUGUAGUACACCCUUCAACGGGAGAUCAAAUCGAUCAACAGUACGUGUGCUUGACUUUAGAAGUCAAGUUGUCUCCUGAUUAUCCCGACACUAUCCCAGAGGUGUUCCUCAGGAACCCCCGCGGCCUGGAUGACAAGUUGUUGAACAACAUUAAUUCAAGAAUCAAAAAUAAAUUGGAUAGACAUAUCGGCAAUCCAAUUGUUUUUGAACUGAUAGAGAUUGUUCGUGAGUAUCUAACAGCGUGCAAUCUACCCCGUGGGCAAUGUGCGAUUUGUCUCCACGGUUUCGUGAAGGGGGAUGUGUUCGUGAAGACGCCAUGCUACCAUCACUUCCACAGCCACUGUUUCCACAAGCACCUCGUAAACAGCAGGAAAUAUUAUGAAGAAGAGAUGGACAAACUUCCGAACUGGCAACGAGCUCAAGCACCGGAAUAUCAGCAAACUUGUCCAGUUUGUCGCAAUGUUGUGUCCUUCGAUGAGAAGGUUCUAGAACAAGCUCCGCCACCAGUUGAAUCUCUGGAUGCACCUCCCUUCCGUUUAACUCCAGAGAUGAAGGCUCUGCAGCGUAGUAUGUCUGAAGUAUUGGAGCGUCAGAUUGCCCGAGGUGGAGUUGUAGGAAUGGGUGAUGAUGGCCCACCACUACUUACUAUUACCACAUCAGCUGAUAAGGAAAAGGCUUCCACAAGUGGAACUCAAGGGGCAAAGGCCGAGGCGAACCGCGCUGUACCGAGUACUUCAGCUGAGAACCCUGAGAAGGCCCAGCCUUACAGUGGACCAUACCGUAUUUGUGUGAAGCGGCUUCAAUCGUCGCGGGAAGCCCGGACGAGGACGUCGUGGGCGCGGCGCUCCGCGGUGACCCGCUUGCCGUCGCCGGACGCCCCCCGCCGCCUAGCGCGCCCACCCGCGCUACACCCGCCCGCAUGA